GUUUUGAAAGGAGAGUUAUGGAAUAUGAGGAGCCCGACGUGCCCCCAGGUGACGCCCCCUUCGAAAGAGGAGGAGUCGUGUCCAAGAAGACUCAUUUGACCCAGAUUGAAGUUAUCCCAUGCAAGAUCUGCGGUGAUAAGUCCUCUGGAGUGCAUUAUGGAGUCAUCACUUGCGAGGGCUGCAAGGGUUUUUUCCGGCGCAGCCAGCUGCCUACUGUAUCCUACUCCUGCUCCAGGCAGAGUAAUUGUCAGAUCGACCGGGCCAGCCGCAACCGCUGCCAACACUGCCGUCUGCAGAAGUGCUUGGCACAGGGCAUGAGCAGAGAUGCGGUAAAGUUUGGACGAAUGUCCAAACGUCAACGGGACUCUCUGAUCGCUGAAGUGGAGAGGCACCGGCAGCAGCAGCAACAACAGCAGCAGCUUCAGGUAGAUGCCCAGUCAGUCUUGUCCUACCCCACCAAGGCCCGUCAAGAUCGCUCCCCACAGCUUCUUCAGCCCAUGACCUACUCCUUUACCGGGGAGGCAGACCUGCUGCCCUACACCGCUGAUGUUCAUCCCUACCUGGUGUGCUCCCCGAACGAGUCGCAGGUGUCAGGUAUGAUCUACCGAGGCUCCGGUGUGUCUCCCACAUCGAGAUCCCAGGGGAGGGGGGACAACAGCGGACACCCCAACAUAAGAGGAUUUGAGUCCAGACAGCCAUCUCACGAACUGAUGGGGAUUCAUCCCUACAACCAUCUGGAGGAUCCUUACAGCCUCUAUCCUCACUCUUUGAGAAAUAUAGAUGAGCUUUGUGCCAGCAUUGUGCGUUCCCACAGGGAGACCAGCCAGUACAGAGCGGAGGAGCUUCAGGCUCUCAGAUGGAAACUGUUCAGCAGAGAGGAAAUCCAAGCCUACCAGAGCAAAUCAGUGGAUGAGAUGUGGCAGCACUGUGCCAUCCGACUGACUGAUGCUGUGCAGUAUGUGGUGGAGUUUGCAAAACACAUCCCAGGUUUCCGUAUGCUCAGCCAGAACGACCAGAUUGCUCUCCUAAAGACUGGCUCCAUGGAGGUGGUUCUGGUCAGGAUGAGUCGGUUCUUCAACACAGAGAACAACACUGUCUUCUUUGAUGGGAAAUUUGCUGGAGUUGAAGUCUUCAAGUCUUUGGCAUGUGGUGAUUUGAUCACAUCGGUGUUUGACUUUGCUCAUGGUAUGUGUGCUCUAAAGCUCACAGAGCACCAGCUCGCUCUCUUCAGUGCUCUGGUGCUGAUCAACACAGAUCGUCCAUGUCUGGAGGAUAGAGGUAGGGUCCAGCGAGUGCAAAGAAGCGUGGAGUUUGGACUCACACACAUUCUACACAGAGACAACCAAGAAAGUCUAAUGCAAAAGCUGUACCAGAAGAUGGCAGUGUUGCGUACACUGUGCAGCAUGCACAUGGAGAAGCUGCGAUGGUUCAGUCAGCGUUACCCGCUCACUGCUCACUCUCUGUUUCCUCCGCUCUACAAGGAGCUGUUCGCCUCUGAGGCGGAGCUGCUGCCGGGGACCACUCACUGAUGAUUCACUAGAAUAUGCAAAGACACAGUCGUACACAUACCCACACACAUAUUUGAAGUCUCAUUAUUACUUCCUGACAGAAUCUAUUUUUCUAAAAAUGAAAAUAAUUGAGGAAGGCACAAUUAUUUGUAGUGUGUUAAGUAUUUUAUGACUUCCAGCAGAGCUUUUUUGGUAGAUUGUGUCAAACAUAAAUUUCAGUAUUUUGAUAGCUUAAAACUAUUUUGAUUAUUCCAGGGAAACGUGUGUUUUGUUGUUCUUUGAUACUGCAUUGUCAGUGGGGUACAGGGUUACUUUUCUCUGAGGACGUGCUAUUGGGAUUCUGUCUAGUUACAGUUACUGUGUGUUACAGUUCAGACAUGGUGAUUCAAAGAGGCGUCAUUAAGUCAACUGAAACUUAAAAUGGUAGUCCGCCCAAAAAGUAUAAAAUACUGAGCUGAGCCAUAGAGGUGACUUUAAAGAGUUUGUCUCUUUGUGAAUGCCACCAGUUUCAAUUAGCUUGGAUUCAUAAAUGACUCCAUUGUUUGUUUAUUUCCAUUCUAACAGGUUAAGACACAAGGUCAGAAUCAUACAGUAACAACAAAUGUGCAGGCGGGGCUAAAAACAACAAGAAACGUAUCAUGCCUCUUCCCACAUUCCACCAGCAAAGUAACAACAUCAACCAAUCAAAAUAAUUAUCAAAUGUACACAAUACUGUUAUGUUGGCCUGGUUUUAUAACAUAAUCUACAUUACACAAUCCACUUUUCCACUGUCUAUUUAUCUGCUAGCUAUGUCCCCAAAGUUCAUAUUUUUACUUAAAUAUAGUUAAGGAGGUACUCUGCUUCUUUACUCCUCAUGCAAAAUCCUGUUGAGGUUGUGAGCAAGUGCGCAUGUUAGUUUGCUUGAAUUAGAUCCUCCUGCUCCUACUCAGUUUCUGCCUCAAAAAUAGAUUUUGGCUGCAGCAUUGCUUUAAUGUGCAUGUGCUUGAGACUCGGAGAGGCAAUAGGUUCUGAUGGUCUGGAGUGAUAACCAGUUGUUCCCAAACUAGCCAGAAGUAUUCUGUCUCUCAGUCUUUCGGGAUCCUGCAAAAUAGGCUGCACACAGAAGAUGUCGCAGAUUGAUUGCUCAACAUCCUUGUUGGAAUAUACAAUAUAUUUGAAGGCGAUUUCAAGUAUUCUCUACAAAACAUGAACAAUUGGAACAUUUCACAUUUUGUAAAACCCGUCUCAUCCAGUACAAAGUCUUCUGUCUUCUGUGGUUCUGGAGAGCUUGCUUUCCAAAUUUUGAAAACCUCAGAAACCAACUGUCCAAUUAGAGCUGAAUGUGUCAUUUACAUUUUCUAAGUUUUCUAAGCACACCCCAAAACCAAGAGACAGCCUGCCUCUUCGCUUUGCAUCUGUAUGUUGCUGUAGAGAAAUGUUUCUCCUUAGACUGGCUCAGUGCUACAAAGCAGCAGUACCUCUAAAGUGUUCUCCUUUUGUGUUUGAAUACAACCUGAAAGGCUUUUAUAUCUUUUGACCUUUGAAAAGAUGUUGCAUUAAAUGUAGAAACAAAUAUACAAUUAAAAAUGUGGAGACACAGUAGAAGUCUCAUCCUCUAUGUGCAAACUUCUCCUUUUUUCCCCCAGAUUAACUUGCAUAUGUUUGUUUUCUCUACGUAUCUUUGAACAAAUCCAUGAGUAAUGAGGAAAUGAUGAGGGGUUUAAGCAUUAAGUAUUGUAUGUCCGGAUGUAGUCCUCACUAUUCCUGAAACGACUGAGAGCAUAAUGAAGAUAAUUCCAUAUAAAUCUUCUAAUAAACAACAGAGGCUGUGACGCCAAGAAAA